GCAUCUUUCGUUCAUUCCUCAUUGCACUUCAUAUUUACUCCUGGCGCGAAACGAGCGAUUAAUACUGCGUCAGACGGGGAUAUUCCGUUCUGCUGGAUUACCGUGAGGAUAUUUGCGCUGCUGGUUUGCGGUGUUUUCAUGGAAAAUGGCGAGAUGUGUUCACGCGCGUCUGAUGAUGAUGAUGGUGGUGGUGAUUUUCAGCGGAUCAUGGACCGCAGUGGACGCGCUCACGUUCCCCCAGCAUUACACGAUCAUGCACUGGGCUCGACGCAUUGAACAGGAGAUUGACAGAGUCCUGCAGCACAUCAGCGGAGCUCAACAACUCAAAGGGAUCUACAAUGAGAAGAGAAGACAGUUCAGUGUGGUCAGAAAUAACCCACGAGACAUCGUAGAGAAUGUCGCAACAGACAUCGAGAGACUGCUGGCCAAGAAACGCAAAGCUCUUGAGAAACUGGCGAGUGAAGCGGAGCGUCUGCAGAAAGAUCAUCACUGGCAGGAUGGACUCAAGGAGGAGAAUAUUGAAUAUUAUAACUCUAAAGCAGAGAUGGACUAUGACGGUGAAGACAUUGAUUCUCAAAUGUCGCUGAAGUUGGAUUUUGUUUACGACUCAAACUUUAAAAACCAUGUGAAUUACUCUCACACGGCGGUACAGAUCCCAACGGACAUCUAUAAAGGAGCUCCAGUGAUUCUGAACGAGCUCAACUGGACUCAGGCAUUAGAGAGAGUUUUUAUGGAGAACAGUAGAGACGACCCGUCGCUCCUCUGGCAAGCGUUUGGGAGCGCCACGGGAGUCACGAGAUAUUACCCAGCGGCUCCAUGGAGAGCGCCAGAUAAGAUUGACCUGUACGAUGUACGACGGAGACCCUGGUAUAUUCAAGGAGCAUCGUCACCCAAAGACAUGGUCAUCCUCGUGGACGUGAGUGGCAGUGUUAGCGGUCUCACUCUCAAACUGAUCAAAGCGCCAGUCGCCGAGAUGCUCGACACGCUUUCUGACGAUGAUUACGUCAACGUCGCCAGGUUUAAUGAGAAGGCGGAGGCGGUGGUGCCAUGUUUUCGGCAUCUGGUUCAGGCAAACGUUCGCAACAAGAAGAUCUUUAAAGAAGCCAUUCAGCAGAUGCAAGCCAAAGGAACAACAGAUUAUAAAUCCGGCUUUCAUUUCGCCUUCAACCAGCUGCUCAACAAGACGAAUGUACCUCGAGCGAACUGUAAUAAAAUAAUCAUGUUGUUUACUGAUGGAGGAGAAGACCGAGCUCAGGACAUCUUUGAGCAGUACAACUGGCCCAAUAAAACGGUCCGUGUCUUCACGUUCUCUGUGGGGCAGCACAAUUAUGAUGUCACUCCUCUGCAGUGGAUCGCAUGUGCUAAUAAGGGAUACUAUUAUGAGAUCCGCUCCAUCUGUGCGAUACGGAUCAACACCCAGGAAUAUCUGGACGUGUUGGGUCGGCCGAUGGUUCUGGCGGGCAGGAGUGCGAAACAGGUUCAGUGGACGAACGUCUAUCAGGAUGCUCUGGGUCUUGGUCUGGUGGUGACUGGUACGAUACCUGUUUUUAAUCUCACGGUCGAUGGAAACUCUCAGAAUCAGCUGAUUCUCGGUGUGAUGGGGGUUGAUGUUCAGCUGGACGAGCUGAAGAGUCUCGCACCACAAUUCAAGCUGGGUCCUAACGGCUACAUCUUUGCCAUUGACCCCAAUGGAUACGUGCUGCUGCAUCCAAACCUGCAGCCUCAGGACGAGGAUCUGCCUGAACCAGUAACUCUGGACUUCCUGGACGCAGAAGUAGAAGACAGCAGUAAACAAGAGAUUCGACGGCAAAUGAUCGAUGGCAGAUCGGGGGAAAUGACCAUCAAAACUCUUGUUAAAUCAAUGGACGAGCGCUACAUUGAUGAAGUCGUGCGGAUGUAUGCAUGGACUCCCAUUAACAACACAGAUUACAGUCUGGGACUGGUACUGCCGCCAUACUGUGAAUAUUACAUCCAGGCUGAUCUCAGUGAUGUCAUGCUACAACUGCAGUAUCUACAGUCUCUGCUGCCAAACUCUUUUGUGUCUGCGGGUCAUGUGUUUCUAGCUCCCAGGGAAUACUGCAAGCGUCUGCAGUUGGCGGAGAAUAACACACAGUUUCUGGCUGAUUUUCUGUCUCUGAUGGUGGAGAUCACACCUGAAUCUGAAGACUGUGAUCAGGGUCUGAUUCAUAAUCUGAUUCUGGACUCUGGGAUCCUCUGGCUGCUCGCCACACGGGUCUGGCAGAAUAAAGACCUGAACACGUAUGGGUUCCUGGCGCUGUUUGCAUCCACCAAUGGAGGCGUCACACGUGUUUACCCCAAUAUGGCUGCUGAAUCAUGGGAUGAAGACCCCGAGCCUCUGAAUUCAAACUUCUAUCGUCGCAGUCUGGAUAACAAGGGUUACAUGUUCAGAGCGCCGACACGCACCUCAAUGGAUGAUCUGUUGAUCUCUGAAAACGGUACGGUGGGAAUUCUCGUCACAACCGCUGUUGAGGUCACAAUCGGAGGAAAAACCAUGAAACCUGCAGUUGUUGGUGUUAAACUGGAUUUAGCGUGGGUCGACAAGUUCAAGAUCCUCGCCAGUAACGUCUCGGACAGCAGACAGGCCUCACAGAAGUGUGGACCGUCGAGAUCCUGCGAGAUGGACUGUGAAGUGAACAGCGACGAUUUACUCUGUUAUCUGAUUGAUGACGGUGGAUUUCUGGUGAUGUCCAAUCAGAGAGAUCACUGGAAGAAGGUGGGUCUGUUCUUCGGCGAGGUGGACCCGUAUCUAAUGUUCGCCCUCUAUAACAACUCAAUCUACGCUCGUCAUCAGACCUUUCAGUACCAGACUGCAUGUGAACCGACGGCCAGCAGCCACACGGGAGCCGCACACAGACCAUUCUACGUGCCUUCCAUUACUGAUUUUGUCAGUCUGGCGUGGUGGACGUCAGCAGCGGCGUGGUCUGUUCUGCAGCAGUUCUUGUAUGGACUCAUCUACAGCAGCUGGUUCACUGCAGAUGUGUUUGCAGAGAUUUUUUCUGACAGUAAAGGAAGCAGCAGCAGUUGUGUGACGGUUAACAGUCAGUUUUACUUCACCAACAACACCAACUCAUUCAACAUACUGCAGGACUGCGGGAACUGCUCCAGGUUGUUUCAUGCCAAGCGGAUUGAGAACACAAAUCUCUUAUUUGUGGUGGCCGAGACUCUGCCCUGCAGCUCCUGUGAGAUUGAGAAACUACUUCCUGUCAGAACAAUGUCUCAAGAAGAGAACCCGUGUGAGGUGUUGAAUUCUGCUCGCUACAGGAAAGGACCCGACAAAUGCUUCGACUACAAUUCUGAGGAAAACGCAUCGGAGUGUGGCGCCCGCUUCUGCGCACUGUCCAAUCAGAUUUCUUCUCUGGAUUCAGUUAACGUUGCUUUACCUCGUUCUACGAUCUUAACUUCUGUCUCACUGCUUCUGUGUGUCUCAUCCGUGUGACCGUCCGGAUCUCUCCUGGUAUGUUCCUGGUUUUCCUGCUCUCCAGUUCAUGGUCAGGAGCAUUCCUGCUGUGUGCCGGUACAGAGCAGAGCAUGAUGGGAUAAUCGUGUCUUUCUAAUGCAGACAUUGUGCAGAUCUUGCCAAAUCCAGAAACAGGACGGGACACGAUGUUUUUACAAACAAGGAAGAGCAAAGAUUUAAUGCUUAUUAUCACAAUCUCACUUUGUGCGUUUUUAUUUAGUGUUGCCUCACUCUGGAUUUCACGCCAAUCCCAGACAAUUACUGGACACGGGCAACUAUUUAUUUAAGCUUCUUUGCCGGUAGAGGAGGUUGAUUCAUUGCUAACUGCUUUCUUC